AUGCCCGGAGGUGUCUGUGCCGUCCUCGAUUACGAGGUCGACCAAAUGGCCGAGUUCGUCGCCGAGAUGGCCACUCGUGUGGUCAUGCCUUUGUCGACGACCGCCGUCACACCCCCCUUUCGCAAGUUCGUCUCGCAGAUCCUGUCUUCCACGAGACUGCCCAAGAGCACUAUUCUUCUUGGCAUGAACUACCUCGCGAAGCGGGUCAACACGCUGAAGCAGAACAACCCUUCAUACACUGUACCCGAGGGCCAGGUUUGGCGCAUGUUGACGGUCUCGCUGCUGCUCGGCAGCAAGUUCUUGGACGACAACACCUUCCAGAACCGUUCUUGGUCUGAGGUGAGCGGUAUUCCCGUAGCCGAGCUCAACGCUCUGGAACAUGAGUGGCUGGAGCAGUCUGGCUGGUGCCUCUAUGUCAACCUGGAUUACAGCGCCGACUACAAGGCUUGGCUUACCAGUUGGGAUGACUGGAAGGUCCUCAAGGAUCAGGCCGCUGUCAGGGCCAGCCGGGAGAGGCUUGUGCCGGCCAUCGACACCAGCAUGAACCGGUACAGAGGACGAUCUGCGUAUCAUACGUUUGUUCAGCAGCAGGCGGCUGAAUAUGAGCGCUACGAGGCCAUCAAGCGCAACGAGCUGGCGUGCCACCAGUACGGUACCUGGAAUUGGCCAUCCGCCCCGCUCACCCCACCGGACUCUGGCUACGGCACACCCGAGUACAUCAACUCUGCAACUUCGGCUAAUGCCCGUUACAACGACUGGUUCUCUCAGGCAGCUGCUAACGGCCAGUGGAACACGCGUUAUCAGCAACCGUCUCACUACUACGGUCACCGCCACAACCAGCAGACCUUCUCUGGACACUACAACUACCCCCAAAAUAUCUGGGAGCACGGUGUUGCAGAGUGUAGCUGUGCAAACUGUCUCGGGUCUACCGCGAAGCCGUCCGCUUACUUUGCGCACCCCAGCUUCGGUCAGCCUGUCAUGGGUUAA